AUGGGCAUCGCCGGCGAUGGAGGCCGACAAGGGCCUCGACACCCUGUUCCCUUCACAGACGACCCGGGAACCGACGCGUUGCCGCCACGGCGUGGGAGUGUAGAUGAGGAGGCCCAGCUCCUGGCCGCCGAGGAAUUCGAACUAGAGCCCCGGAACAGCAGCGGUUCUAGUAGUAACUCGUCCAUCCUGGAGCAGAAGUUCCCGGCGACAAAAAAACGACACUGUCUCGCUGGGCCUCAACCGCCGAGGACGCACACGAUCCGCCCCGUUUUGCCCUGGGUUCAGGAGGCUCCCCCGAGACUCCUCGACAGGCUUGCUCCGACGCCGCGCCGAAAGGCCUGCGUUGUCGCCGUGUUCCUGGCGCUCUGGGUCAUCGCCUUCUCGAUCCCGCUGGCGUCGUCCCGCGCCAUCAAGGACAGUUCCGGCAAGGAUGUGUUGAGUCUCGACUGCGGCGACACUCUGUGGCAGUUCAAGAAUGAGUGCGGGCUGGACGGCGCCGAUUGUCGCCCUUUUACCAACUCUUCAUUCUCAUUCAAGUGUCCGGCGAACUGCAUGGCUCACAAGCUCCUGAACCCGCAUGCUGUCGGACCCAAGGAGAUUGUGUACAAGCAGCUGGUCGUCGGCGACGGGAUUUACCGGGGCGAUUCCAUGAUCUGCGCGGCUGCGAUUCACGCCGGGAUCGUGAGCGAUUUGAGCGGAGGAUGCGGGCGCGUCCAUCGGAUCGGGCAGCAUGAGAGGUUCAACAGCUCGAUGAAGAAUGGCGUCGAGACCGUCUCAUUCGAUUCCUACUUCCCGCUAUCCUUCAACUUGUCGGCGGACUCGUCUCUUCAGUGCGGCAAGCGGGAUCCCCGACAGGUUUUACUCCCCACGUCGCUAUUCUUCAGUACGAUUUUCUCGAUCUUCACGACAUCCCCUGCCUGGCAGUUUUUCGUCAGUUUCCUCGGCAUCUUCGCCCAUGUCAGCUUCGGCUCGGACCCCCCCACGGCAUCCCGGCAUGUGGCAUCCGUGCUCCCGGACCGGAUCUCCAUGUUCACGGGGCGUCUUCUCCCGGCGGCUUUCUGUGCGGUCGUCAUGUACUGGACAUGCGUGAAACGGACGCUCACAGGGCUCAAGGCCCAGUUUGAGAAGACCGCUCUGUGGUUAGGAGGCUUCUGGUUCGGGGCGCUGUCGAACUACACCUUUUCCUGGAUGCCGAUCCAGCGUCUUACCGCUCACGACAUUGAGCACCAACCCGGCGCCAAACCGGCACUGGCACUCAUUCUCACGAUCCUCACCUUUGUCAUGGCGAAGCAGGUCUACUACUUUUGGCUGGAGGGCAGACUCCCCCGCUUCAUUGCGCUCUACACGCUGUUCCUUGUCGGCAUCAUCAUCGGGUUGUCGAUACCCGGCGUCGACCUCCGCAUCCACCACUACAUCAUGACGUUCCUCCUCAUCCCCGGCACCAGCAUGCAGACGAGGUCGUCGUUAUUCUAUCAAGGGAUGGUAUUAGGUCUCUUCGCCAACGGCAUCGCCCGCUGGGGCUUCGACUCCAUCCUGCAGACCCCAGACGCCCUGCGCGAAGACGGCCCUUACAACUCGCUGUUGCCGCAGCUCGCGGAGCCCGUCAUUUCCAAGAUGUCAUUCGAGCCCAGCAUCAGCUUCAGCUGGAUUCUACCGCCCAACGCCGCCGAGUUCGACGCCAUCAGCGCAUUGGUCAACGACGUGGAGCGUUACCGGUAUUACUUUGCGGAUGGAGAUGCGCAGAACCAGUUCAUCUGGAUGAGAAAGGCUAAGAUGGCGCUUCCCGAGUAUUUUAGAUUUGCAUACAUGAAAGACGGCAUCACAUUAGAUUAUACACCGGCUGGUACGUGGCUCGCCAACGGCACAUGGCUUAUGCCGCCACAGUAG